GGGAAUUAUUGUUUAGCUAAAUGCACUUGAAAAUUGCGUUAGAAAUUGAAACUAGAAACAUUUGAGUUUUGAGAAUGGGUGGUGAUCCUAUUCAAGUUCCAUUUUAUUUCCUCAUCUACUUACUUUCAUUACUAAUCGUAGUGUUAUUGUUGAUUCAAAUUGCUAAGAUAAUCUUAUUUUAUCAUCACCGUAAGCCGGUUGCAUCUACCGCUCAAACUCCUCCAGGUAGCUUAGGAUUCCCUUUUAUUGGCGAAACCAUACAGUUCUUAUCAGCUAAUAAUAGCACCAAGGGGUUCUAUGAUUUCGUUCUCUCUCGACGACUCAGGCAUGGGAAGUGUUUCAAAACCAACAUUUUUGGGGACACGCAUGUGUUCCUGUCAGGUAGUACUGAAUGCGCAAAAGCAGUUCUUGGAAGUGAUUUUGUGAAUUUCAACAAAAGAUAUCUAAGAUCAAUAGCACAAUUGAUUGGAGAACAUAGCUUAUUACUCAGUGCAACUCAAGAACAACACCGGUUCCUCAGGAGCAGUCUAGGGACUAACCUCGGCUCCACAUCUUUUAUCUCUUCUUUUAUCAAACAAUUUGAUGAGUCCAUUAUUAACACUCUGGCAGACUGGGCACAAAGAGAUACUAAUGUGAUUGUAUUCGAGGAAGCUCUUAAGAUAACCUUUAAGGCAAUGUGUAAAAUGAUCUUUAGUUUAGACGAUGCGGAUGGAGAAUUAGUGGAUAUGCUUUGCAAGGAAGUUGGUAUAGUUUGUGAAGCAAUGUUGGCGUUUCCUCUCAAGUUACCUGGGACUAGAUUCUACAAUGGCCUCAAGGCAAGAAAAAGAUUCAUGGAUGAGAUAAAGAAGAUAAUAAAAGAAAGGAGGACAAAAACAGCAACCAAGGAAACACAACAUUGUUAUCAAGAUUUGUUACAGUCGCUGAUCCCCGGAUCAUUAUCAGAUGAUGCUAGUAAUCAUACACAAGUGAUGAAUAUGAGUGCUGCUCAAAUACAAGACAACAUCUUGACUAUGAUCAUUGCUGGUCAGGUAACAACAGCAAGUGCAAUGACUUGGAUGGUGAAGUACCUAGAUGAGAAUCAAGAUCUUCAAGAUGUUUUAAGGGAUCAGCAAAUCAAGUUAGCACCACCGGGAUCAUCUCCUCUUACACUCGAAAACCUGAAUGAAAUGUCUUUGGCUUCCAAGGUUGUUAAAGAGACUUUAAGAAUGGUAUCAAUAGUACCCUGGCUUCCAAGGGUGGCCCUCAAAGACACUCACAUUGAAGGUUUCAUUAUAAAGAAGGGAUGGAUGGUUAAUAUUGAUGCAAAAUCAAUACAUCUGGAUUCAGCGGUCUACAAUGACGCCACUAGGUUCAAUCCAUCAAGGUUUGAUGAACAUCAUCUUUUGAUGCCGUAUAGCUUCUUGGCGUUCGGGACAGGAGGAAGGACAUGCCUUGGGAUGAAUCUUGCUAAAUCUAUGAUGAUCGUCUUCCUACACCGUCUGAUCACAACUUACAGGUGGGAAGUUAUCGACUCAGAUCCAAAUCUUGAAAAGUAGGCAAUGUUCUCGAGAUUAAAAAGUGGAUGUCCAAUUCAAGUGACAUCUAUUUAAUGCACAACACGAGGAAACUACAGUGUACUUGCUUAAAAUUAGUUUGAGCUCUUUUGGUUUGAUAGUCUUGUUUGAAACUGUAAAAUCCCUUUGCCGGGAGGCACUUCUCCUAGUAAUUCCGGCUAAACACAAUUCUUACCGUUGUACUUGUACAACUGCACCGAUCAAUCAUCAUCAUUUGUACGUGUUAAAUUAUGAGAAACUAAAAUAUUAAUUAA